AUGGUCUCAAUUAAAUCUUCUAUUCUAGCCUCUACUGUCGUUGCUAUCUCCGCCGUUAACGCCGCCGAUGUCACUGCCGAACAAACAGCUGACCUAUUAGUUAUUAUCAAUGAUAUUGAAAGUCACGUAUCUGACUACUUAUCUCUAGAGACCUCUGGUUCUUCUGAUUUCCAAGUGCCACCUGAAGUUCUAUCCCUAUAUGCUCAAAUAAAUACUUACACUGACGAAUCUUAUACUUCUUUAUUCACUGAAUUAGAUGUUGCCGCUUUAACUGCUACUAUUACUAACUUACCAUGGUACUCAACUAGAUUACUACCAGCUUUACAAAGAGCUAAUGCUGGUGCCUCUAGUAACGAAACUGAAUCUUCUUCUGUUGCUGUCUCUGAAUCUGCUUCCGCUUCCGCUUCCGUAUCUGAAUCUGUCUCUGCUUCCAUCACUGCUUCAAGUAAUAUCACCAUCGAAGAAACCUCCUCUGUCUCUCAAGCUAGAAACAGUUCUUCCAUUACUCACGUAUCUUCUUCUGCUUCUCACUCUUCUACAAAGGAAUCCUCAAAGAACUCCACUUCUACUUCUCACAGCGGUAACUCUACUAGUUCUAAGACCUCUUCAUCUGCAAAGAACGGUGCUGAAUACGUUGGUGCUUCUUCAGGUUUGUUAUUCGCUGGUCUGGCCGCUCUUCUAUUGUAA